AAUUAUUUUAGUUUCAUGCACCUGAUAGUGAGAAUCUUCCAUCCUGGCUGGAAUUUGAUGGCGCAAGACACCUCUUGCUUGGAGUACCAUCAUAUCAUGACAAGGGCUCGCACACUAUCCGACUUGACGUCUUUAUUGACUCCACAAACAAGACAGCUGACACAAUCAACUUCCUCACAAUAGAAGUUGUUGAAUAUGAAGAAGAUUUAAACCACUUUAAAAUAAUAGCGACAAACACCUUGUCACAAUCUAGCAAGAACACAUCUCAGUCACUUCUGGAUUGCGCCAGUCAUGCUCCUAUCAUUGUAGCUACUCUGGUGUUCGAUUUGAACUCAAGAAAAUUAUCUGGCACGAAUCGAGUUGAGCUGCUGAAUGGUGUUUCGGAUUGGACAGACACUCGUGUAGAUCAACUUCGUUGGAUGCCAGGCAAAGGGGAGAAGACUGCUUUCAACUUAAAAGAUGUUGUUGUAUUGACUGCUGGACCUGGAUGGGUGAAAGAUCCUCAGGAAAGAGGAGUCUCUGUGUCGUGGAAGAUCGGAUGCGGCGAUAGUAUUACAGGUUUGUAUAUCAUGUUUGUAGUUUUGCGUACAAUGUACUUUCGUUGAGAAAAGAGGUUCCUCUGAAGAAACGUUUUUAAAAGCAAGUCAUUUUUAUACGACCUGUUACUAUAAUAAGGAUUAAGGGUAUGAUUGUUCUACAAUGCAUGUAGGUGGAGUGCCGUAAACAUCGUUGACGUAAAGUUUAGGACAAUUAUUAAAUAUGUCGAUGGAUAUUACGUUAAGAAACCAAGUGCCAACAAACGUAUAAGUUCGAAAAGAUCUUUAUCAGUGACUUUCCAAGGUAUACAUCCGCGGAGGAAAUGAAAUAAAAACUUUUCGAGUCGUAUUCAGGCAACGUGUUAAGAGCCGAACUUUUGUUGACACAGAACCGGUCAGAUUAUACUUUGCAAUUACUCGCUUAACCGUAGAAAGUGAUAGAUGUAGCGUUCGUGCUAUAUCAGAAGGUUGCAUGGGUAUCGUAUACAAAUCUGUACAAAAUUAUUCUCCUGUAAGUCUUUGCUAUAAACCAUAGCGCUAAGGGUUACUAUACCGUUUGCUCAGCGAUAAAGGACGAUAUCGACCCCCAAGGACAGGGUCGAUGGCAAAAGAAAAACAACGAACAAUAUAUAUACAGCUAUUUCAAUUAAGGUUGUCCACGAGCAAAGCGGAAAAGUCGAAUACGAGCGCGAAAGGCAGCUGGGAACCGCUUUGAAAAUUCAUUAAUUUGUUAGCGAUUCCGCUUUUCUCGUGGACAACCUUAAUUGAAUUAGCUGUAUAUAUUAUAUACAUAUAUGCUAUAUUAUAUACAUAUUUGGAAAACGUUUGGAAAACUGUACGUUCAUUGACUUUUGCAAUCGUAUAUUUAAAUAGCAUUAUUCAAAUUUAUUACAAAACCAUUUUAUAGAAUUGUCUUCUAUUUACGUUUUAGAAAGUGAGAAAAGUUACGUUUCUGUUGGUCACCUCAAAUCUGCAUCUCAAACUGGAGCUUUUAAGAACGAGCUAAGAUCCCCUGUAGUAGCAUGGCAUGUGACCUAUGGCCGAGUGAAGCAUCGUCAGGUUGUCCGUGUCCGUCGCCAAGCAUUGGCGCAAACUCCAAUGCCAACCUCGGCUUUCGUCACUCCUACUUCAGCUAUUGUCACUCAAGUUAUUGGUACUCCGACCAUUGCCAGAUCUCCAACUGUUUUUACCGUUACUCCCACCGCUACUAGAAUUAUUCCUUCUCCGACGCAAACAACAAACCCAUAUGGCCCUUCUAUCACCCCGAUUAUCCCGAUUACCACCGUGCCUCCACCAAACACGAAACCUUAUAUAUAUAUCCCAAUCAAUAACUUGACUGCGGUAAUAAAUGUGCCUUUCACCUUUUAUAUUCAGCCUGAUACAUUCCGUGAUAAGGAAGACGGCCAAACGCCUAAUCUUAAGCUGGAUAUGUACGAUCCACAGGGUAAUGAAUUACCCCCCGAUUUUUGGGUAAAGCUCGACAAAACGUCUCAAUCGCUCACUGGUAUUCCAAAAGUUUUGGAUGACACCGAAAUUGCGCUGAUUGUUACUGACAGUAAGGGCUUGAUGUCAAUGUUGCUUGUGAUCACCAUAAGAGUAGUUCUCAAGAAUGUUCCCCCUGUCCUUAUAAACCAUGUUGAUCUGAUCCCGCUCUACAUUGGUCAACCUCUCGUAUUCAAGGUACCUGAAGAUACAUUUCACGACGAGGAAGAUGGUCCAACUCCAAAGCUUAGACUUUCAAUGAAAACACGUGAAUACGAAAUCUUGGAUGCUCUUUCAUGGGUUACAUUCGACGUCCUGUCCCAAACAAUUUAUGCUUUACCAGUUGGAGACCUUAUUGGUAAACAUGAGUUUCUGCUGAUUGCAUAUGACAGUACCGGUAAGAAAACAAUCGAUGCUUUUGAGUUUCAUAUUAACCCAGCACCUGUUGAACCCAAUCACUACUUCGGUCUCAAGCUUGAUGCAGAUUACAAGAAAACGUUCGAGAAAAGUGUUACAAUGAGAGUUAAGCUCUGCGUUGAGAUUGGUAAGUAUUUCGGUGACCGCUUCAAUACCUCGUAUCAGGACAUCCGUGUAAACGGUUAUAGAGAGGGUAGUGUCAUAUUGGAAUGGAAUUUCGCGAAUAUUGCCACUAACGUGACAGGUGUCGAGGAUUACAAACGUAAAUACGUUCGUGAGGAUACGAUGGACACACCAUUUCCGAAGUUCAAAGAAGAUUUUGUUUGUCCAAUAUCUCCAAAGUGUUCGGUAGUGGAGACCUGGGUGGUGAUGGUAGAACAAGUGACUACAACACCUGAUCCAAAUGUAAUAGGCAGAGCUGAUGAUGACGACGAUGGAACAUGGUGGGAGUAUACCAUCAUUCCCGCAUUUGUUAUUGCUGCUUUGAUCUUCAUCAUCGGGUUAAUUAUUAUCAUAUGUAUACGGUGUCGACGUAAGAGCAGACUUGACAAGAACGAGAAAGUUGUGUUUGUUCAACGCAAGAAACCUGCUGUUUUUAGAGAGGAGUAUCCAAUGAGGGAAGUCUAUGGUAAUCAACCUUUAAUCACCCCUAAUGAAAAAGCCCCUCUUCCCCCUCCUGCCUACCCUCGUAGCUCAACACCAACUGAAGAUCCUAGUGAACGACUGUUAAGUGACAGUUCCCCAUCUUACCAACCGCCAUUCGACAGUGGUCAUGAACCUGCAGGAAACUCUCGCCCGCCUGUUGCCAGCUACCGCCUUCCUCCUCCUUAUGUUGCUCCAUAAACUCUCACAAACAUUUCAUGAUAAAAUGAUUUUAACGUGAACUGUCUAGCUCGUUUAGGCUACAUUUUUAAAGAGUUAUAACAGUAUUGUUUGUUCGUUUAGUAGAGAUGUAAAUACGUCCUUUCUCAUAAAAAUGAAUCUGGUUGUUUCUCAGUAAAUCCUAAAAAUAAUCUCCAGUCAUGUUUAUAAGAUGCAUCUACAUUAAGAUUUCACUCUAUAUUCUAGAUACUGACAUACUGAUGAGUAAUGAUGGAGAGCUAAGAUAGGGCGGUUGAAUUUAAUAUUUAGCUUGAGAAAAGGUGUACUGUAGUUGUACUUUUUUAGGAAUCAGCCCAUUUUAAUACUGUAACUCACUGUGAUUUCCUAACGUUUUGACAUUUGUACAAAUGCAGUUUGUUGAUGCAGAAAUCAUGCCGUGGAUGUGGUUCAAAAACCUCUAGAUAAAACUUAUAGGAUUCCUACAAUCAGAUCCAAAAGACCAAAAGCAUGCUUACAAGCAUUUAAACGUAGCAACUUUCUGGAAAAAUCGCCACAUCAUCAUUUCCACAUCAUACUUACGUCUUGCCCAUGUUUGCAUUCCUUGCUGCUAGAAUUUAGAACUUGGUUUUAAUACCAUAAUGAGUGAUGAAUGUACGUAGAAUUUUGAAAAUUGAUCGGUCUCGCUGCCUCAAGCUAGCCUGACUGGAGAUUAUUUCUUUUAAUUAUGUUACAGGGGCCGGUUGUUCAAAGGUCGAUUAGCGCUAACCCAGGGUUAAACCGCUGUUUUAGUUUGCAUAUUUCUGCAUGUCCAUUUAUUUCAAAAUGUCAGAAAAGAAAACUUCUAUUGAACCAGACAUAGUUUGUGAAGAAAUAUUUCCAAAUUUAUAAACAAGCUGUUAGGAAGUGUGCUUUGAAUUUUAAGUUAACCUAGGGUUAAGCUAAUCGGCUUUUGAACAACCGGCCCCAGGAGAAAAUAUUGAUAGCAAUUGACCUUUUAAAAAACUGCAGGAUUUUACACGUAUAAAAACACAUGAUUCUACAUAUAUAGAAACUUCAUAUGCCAGCAGUAUAGGAAAAAUGUUUAGAAAACAUUCGUGACACAAAAGUUACGAAGCUUGUAUUAUCGCCCAGCUACGUUCUGAACUCUUUAAUUGACAGAACUGUUGUAUGUGUACGAAACAAAUAAACGAGUUUUUAGUUAGAUGUUUUAUCAUU